AAGAAAUUUAAAAAUGGUUUUUAAUUAUGAAGGGAAGAAUCCUGAUAUGCCAAAGACAAAUACUUUAAAUCCAACAAUAACCGGGGCAAUUGCUAUGGCUGUUUCUUUUGAUGAUGGUGUUGUUUUAGCUUCUGACCGAAGUGCUUUCUCUUCAUCUAUGCAACGUUUUCAUAAUGUUUCACGUCAUUAUCGUGUAAAUGACCGUUGUGUUGUUGUCUUUUCUGGAGAUUUUGCUGACUUUCAAUGGGUAAAGAAUUUAAUUGAAUGCAAACAGAUGGAAUUACAACAAGGAAAUAUUAAAUUUUUAAUGUCACCAAAAAUGGUCCAUUCAUUUUUAACAACUCUUUUUUAUAAUCGGCGUUCUAAAAUGAAUCCGCUUUGGAAUACUAUUAUUGUUUCUGGGAUGGAGGCAGUACCUUUCGAAGCAGGAAAAUUUGAGACAUUUAUUGGCGUUGUUAACCUUUAUGGAAUUGCUUUUGUGGGUAAAUUUGCGGCAACAGAGAUGGGAAUGUUUUUGCUUCGUCAAAUGCUGGAAUCUCGUCGAAAAGAAGUACUUUCAAGAGAAGAGGCUAUUGCUUUGCUGAAAGAAGCUAUGGAGGUAUCUCUGUAUCGCAACGCCAAAACUGGAAACAGCUUUGAUUUGACUAUAAUUGAUAAAGACGGGGUGAAGAGCACAGAAAUUACUGGAUUUAUUGGUGAUUGGGGAAUUGCAGAAAAAUAUAAGAAUAUUUCCCAUGUAUUUUGA